AGUUACAUGACAUCUUCCGUGACUUUAUGACGUGACUUCCUGAAGGCAUCGCGCGACAUCCAAUGGGCACCACAUGAUAGUGUUUUUCUAUACAGCCGGCUGCUCUGCGACAUGUUUGUAUGUUCCGCUGCGGGUUGUUGGACGAGUUUGUGCCGAAUAUCCGCGCCGGGAGUUCGCGCUGCUCUCCGAGCCGCCUGCCGAAGACCUGGAGCUGAGCCCGCCGGGCCGUGUGGCCGGAGUAGACUGUCUGGCAGUUGGACGCAGCACCAGCAGCAGCAGCACCAGCAGCAGCGCACAAGUACAAGAAGGAAGCUGCUGAGGCCCGGGGAGGAGAAAAAAAGCGUGAUCUGUAUCGAAGGGAACAUCGCCAGUGGGAAGACCACGUGUCUGGAGUACUUCAGCAAGACCAGUAACCUCGAGGUGCUUACAGAACCAGUUUCUAAGUGGAGGAAUAUUCAAGGGCACAACCCACUGGCUCUCAUGUACCAGGAUCCCGUUCGAUGGGGCCUCACCUUACAGACAUAUGUGCAGCUGACCAUGCUGGACCGGCACCUGUCCACCAUGUCUGCUCCUGUAAGAAUGAUGGAGAGGUCCAUUUACAGUGCCAAGUACAUUUUUGUGGAAAAUCUCUACAGAAGUGGGAAGAUGCCAGAAGUGGACUUUGCUGUCCUUAGCGAGUGGUUUGACUGGAUCACGAGUAACAUUGAUAUCCCUGUGGAUCUGAUCGUUUACUUGCAGACGACCCCACAGACGUGCUACGAAAGACUGACACAGAGGUGCCGUGAGGAGGAGAAGGUGAUUCCUCUGGAAUACUUGGAAACAAUCCAUCAGUUGUAUGAGGACUGGCUGAUUAACCAGAUGUCUUUUAAAGUCCCUGCUCCUGUGCUGGUAAUUCCAGCAAAUCACGAUCUUCAAAAGAUGCUUCAUCAGUAUGAAGAGCACCGAGGGAAAAUCUUGAUGGGAAGCAAGUAACCAAGACAAGAUGAAGGAUGAUGGUGAACUGUAGUUCAAAACCAUUGCUACCCUCUAGGACCCUGCUCUCCCCCAGCCAGGUGUGAUUCAGCUGUAGAAUACAUUGCUGUGACCCCCGCUCAGAUCUUCCAGGAUGCAGCCAUAUGGGCACAUCUCGUACCUGCAGCAUAGCACAGCUAGCAUUCUGCAGUGCUGCUGAAAACCACCUUCAGAUUCCACCAUUUUUUCUUUAACACGGUUCCAGGUUUGCAUAAACAAUGGUUUACAAAUCUGGGGCAACUAGCUUUUUGCCCCAUAGCUACUGUAAAUUACUCCAUUUGAAAUUCCUGGGACAAAGGGGACCAAACCUUUGUUCAGAGUGUUUACCAUGUUUUUUCCCCCUUUCUGUUU